AUGGCGUCUCGAAAAACGCAGCAAGAAAUUGACAAAACCUUUAAGAAGGUCGCCGAAGGGAUACAGACAUUUGAAGGCAUCUAUGAGAAGAUCCGAACCGCUUCAAAUACUACCCAGCGCGAUAAGCUUGAGGAGAACUUGAAGCGUGAGAUCAAGAAGCUCCAAAGGUUCCGUGACCAGAUCAAGACAUGGGCCUCGGGCAAUGAAGUCAAGGACAAGGCGCCGCUGCUGGAGCAGCGGAAAGCCAUUGAGCAGUGCAUGGAGCAGUUCAAGGCCGUCGAGAAGGAAAUGAAGACCAAAGCAUACUCCAAGGAAGGCCUCUCUGCUGCGUCACGGCUUGACCCGAAAGAGAAAGAGAAGGUAGAAGCUUGUGAUUUCUUAUCGUCCAUGGUAGACGAACUUCAACAGAAGAUCGAGGCGAUGGAAGCAGAGGAAGAAAUUCUUCACGCGCAAAUGAAGAAGGGAAAGAAGGAUACCAGCAAGGCAAAUCGUAUGGCUGAUAUUUCGCGAGUAACGGAGCGACAUAAAUGGCACGUCAAUAAGCUGGAGUUCCUCCUUCGAUCAUUACAAAAUGGCAAUCUGGAGGUGAACGCUGUCGUCGAUCUCAAAGAGAGCAUCACCUACUACGUGGAGGAAGGCGGUAGCGCCGACUACAAUGGAGAAGACGAAACCCUCUAUGAUGACUUGAAUAUCGGUGAAGAUGUCGAAGCCCAAUUCGGCAUGGGUGGCGCCGACGACCCAAGCUCAUCACAAGAUGCCCAAUCAAUGCCGGAUGAUGAGCCAGAACCGAAAUCGAAACCCAAGGCCGAACCGACGCCGGCCACAAGAAGGCCAUCCGCACAGAUGAAGUCUCCCCUGCCCGUCCUCGCCACCCUCCACCCAUCUGCCUCGUCCAAUGCUACUCCUGGCAUGAAACCUGCCCCAUUGCCCACCCGACUUCCAGGAGAGACCCUCAAAUACGCAUCAGCUGCCGCUGCAGCCGCUGCAAGUGACAAGAAUGGUGUUGGAAUUGCCCCCUUACCCCCGCCACCAGGCGCCAGUCCGGCAUUCUCAAAUGCAUUCCCGGUCUCUAAAGCAUCUUCGACAGCUUCGCCGAGUGUUUCAUCAGUACAACCGGUCACUAAAACGCCUCUAUCCGCGGCAGCCUCCUCGGAAGAUCAUGUGAAUGCAAGCCGAUCAAAAACCCCCGGUGGUACUAGGAUAGCGGGCACCUCGUCACCCGCUCCAGUACCGAAGCCCGAACCUUCGAAAGAACCGGGGAUGAAUGGCAAGGCCACAAAGGGAGACGAAGAGGAUUCCGAAGAGUCGAUAUUCCAUCUGCCUCCAAGCUUACAAGAUCUGGUUCAAUCAUUCGAGGUCACCAAGCAAAGGUCAACCACCAGUGGAUCAUCGCCAUCUGUCCAGCGCCUCCUGGCCACAUCUCUCACCACCUGUCCGGAACCUGGGGAUGCAGAGAAGCCCCGUCAGUACAGAGCUCAGAACCCAUACAACACUCCUCUCUACUAUCCGCAGGAUCCUCUCUCUAUCUUUGAUGAUCCUAGGCUGUACGAUACCGGUCGAAUCGACACUGACACUCUCUUCUACCUCUUCUACUACCGACAAGGCUCCUAUCAGCAAUAUCUGGCUGCAAAGGCCCUCAAGAACCAGAGCUGGCGCUUCCACAAGCAAUACCAGACCUGGUUCCAACGGCAUGAGGAGCCCAAGAACAUCACCGAGGAGUUUGAGCAAGGCACCUACCGGUUUUUCGACUAUGAAAGCACAUGGAUGAAUCGACGCAAGGCGGAUUUCAAGUUCGUGUACAAAUACCUCGAGGAUGAGUUAUAA